AAAUAGGAAAAGUGUUAAAAAACGAGCUAAUCGCAAACAAUAAGCUUGAACUGUGAAAGAACCGAGAAGAGAAGAAGCGUGAAUUGUGAAGAACCGAGAAGAGAAGAAGCGUGGGACUUAAUAUAUGUGUUGACUGGUUGACCAAAUAAAGAGGCCCAAAAAAAUAAGCCCGACAUGUAAUAAAAAAGCCCAAAAAUCGGUAUAUCGGACCGAUUUUUCCAUCAAAAUAUCGGUAAAUAUCGGCGAUAUUAUCAGAAGCGAUAUUUUGACCGCUAUUUCACCACCGAUAUUUUUCCAGAGUCCGAUAUCCGAUAUAUCGCGGAUAUAUCGGCGAUAUAUCGCGAUUUUAACAGCAUAGCCUGUAACCGCUGCUUAAGAGUGCCAAAUAUUUCGUUCAUCUUUGAUUCGACAUCAUAUGGUAUCCAUUAAAACUUGGAAAGAUUGCGCCUGCCACCAGAUUAGCCGUCAAGUAACACUUUUGCCAUUUGAGGUUUGGAUUUCCCACUUCGCCGACUGGAUAAUGUUUCUAUGUGGGCAUUGCUCAACUUAAUGGUGCUCUUUAAAAAAUUGUUAAUGCACAUCAGCACAUGAACAUUUUUAAAAGGCCAAAGAAGUAAUUUCCAGCCAUCUUCUUUCUCAUUUUCGUGUUAUUCAACUUGAGGAUCAAUUUAAAUCUAAAAACAUGUUCUAGGUUCUACCUCGUAAUCAUCUCUUUUUGCUUCUUAAUUUUUUUUGAAAGUUCUUCAAAGCAUGCUUAUUCAAGAUUCUCAUUUUCAUCUCAAAAUCAAAACAAACUUGAUUGUUUGAAACAAGAUAUGCUAAAGAUGAUUUGAAAUCAGAAUCAAAAUACUCAAAUUUGAACCUGGUGCCAUAGGGGUUCAGAUGGUGUUCCAACUGUUCAUGCUUCUGCAUGCUAAUCUGUAUGACUUGGGGAUUGACAACUGUGGAGUGGUAGAAUUGAAUUUCAAUUUUGUUGAACUGAACCAUCGACAAAGCAUUCUUAUGUGAUUUGCAAAGCUUCUGUCUUCUUUAGGUUGGCCGUUCCAAGUCAAAUAUGACUAGACAUAUGACUUCGGCGAGGUUCUAUAGAUUACUCCAUUUUGUAUUUCCACACACAAUUUUUAAUAGCAAAAGGAUGACAGCCAUGUCUACGAGGUCAUAAUUUUUUGUAAUUUAUUACUGAAUUUGAUUUUUUUUAAUAGUGAAGUGUUUAUUUUUUAGAUUUACCAACUAAACUCCCCUUAAAAUGGGGUGUGCGUUGCAUAUUUCUAACUUAAGGUUUUUAUUAGAUGGACCUGUUAAGUUGGUUAGUUUUUGUGCACAAGGAUUUUGUCCAGUGGUUGAAAGGGGGAUUUCUGAAGAGCAAUGACAACUUGCCUGAUAGUUUGGUGUCAGAGAUUGUACUUUACUCGAAAUAUUAUCUACUUAUUUGAUACUAGUUGGUUCAUAUUCAAGUUGAAUAUGACGAACGUGGCUCUGUUCUUUUUGUAUGUAUUUUCUUUCUGUAAGACACUAUUAUCAGUUUGCCACAUCAUGUGUAUUACAUUAAUAUAUGCCUUAGAGGCCAAUGGUUACAAAGUUAAUUUUCAUGUAUCCUGAGUCCUUACUGGGACUUGAAAUGUGAAUUAUGUUUGAUGCAUGGUUUAUGUACUUGCUUAAGUAUAUUUUACUUUCUUCAUGAUGGAAAGACCUAGAAAUGGGGCCCAGUUGAUUGGUUGUAUAUGGGACUGAUAAGACUGCAUGUGUUCUUAUUGACUACGAUCAGCUCUUUUACCAUUUUAGGAACCAAUGUAAUUAUUACAUAGUUAUAUUUGUAUACUGUACUUACAUCGCUGUUUAUUGUAUCUUUCUCGAUCCUGCAUUAUACUCUCCUCCUUAACUCGAAUAGAGAAAACAUAUUGGUGAUUGAUCGCAACAAGGGGAAUGGUUUUGGAACCUUUUAAGCUCCCAUUAUAAUGAAUUGCUGAAUUGUUAAAGUGAAGUCUUCUGAAUUUUCUUCUGAGAUGGAGCUCUCAAAUUUAACAGCCAUAAGUCCCCUGGAUGGUCGUUAUUGGAAUAAGGUUAAGGAUUUAUCCCGCUAUUUGAGUGAAUAUGGUCUGAUCUACUAUCGGACCCUGGUUGAGAUCAAGUGGCUGCUGAAGCUCUCACAAGUUCCUGAAGUAUCUGAGGUUCCCAGCUUUAGCAAUGAAGCUCAAAUGAAAUUGCAAGGAUUGAUUGAUGGAUUCAGCGAUGCUGAUGCAAUGCAAGUGAAGAAUAUCGAGAGAAUAACUAACCACGACGUCAAAGCAGUGGAGUAUUUUCUUAAAACAAAAUGUCAAGAAGAUCCAGAAAUAGCUAAGGUGCUUGAAUUUUUUCAUUUUGGCUGUACAUCUGAAGACAUAAACAACCUUGCACAUGGAUUGAUGCUGAAAGAAGCAGUUAACUCCGUUAUUCUUCCGGUUAUGGAUGAUUUACUUAAGGCAAUAUAUACGAUGGCAAAGGCUAAUGCUCACAUUCCUAUGCUUUCUCGGACUCAUGGACAGCCAGCUACACCUACAACGUUGGGAAAAGAAAUGGUAAUAUUUGCUGAGAGGCUGAGCAGAGAAAGGCGAGAUAUUUCCCAGAUAGAUAUAUUGGGGAAGUUUGCAGGUGCAGUUGGUAACUACAAUGCACAUGUUGUUGCAUAUCCUGAUGUAAAUUGGCCACAGGUUGCAGAGCAGUUUGUGAACUCUGUUGGAUUAAGCUUUAAUCCACACGUGACCCAGAUUGAACCUCAUGACUACAUGGCUAAACUUUUCCAUUCAUUCAUCCGCUUUAAUAACAUCUUACUUGACUUUGAUAAAGACAUAUGGGGCUAUAUCUCUGUGGGCUACUUCAAGCAGGUAACUAAGGCCGGUGAAAUUGGAUCAUCAACAAUGCCUCACAAAGUGAACCCCAUUGACUUUGAAAACAGCGAAGGCAAUAUUGGAAUAGCUAAUGCAAUUUUAGACCAUUUAAGCAUGAAGUUGCCUAUUUCACGUUGGCAGCGUGACUUGACUGAUUCUACCGUUCUGAGAAAUAUCGGUGUGGGCUUGGGUUAUUCACUUCUCGCUUACAAGAGUGCACUAGUAGGAAUUGGGAAGCUUCAGGUCAACGAAGCUGCCUUAAACAAGGACCUGGACCACUCGUGGGAGGUUCUUGCUGAACCAAUACAGACAGUGAUGCGAAGAUAUGAUGUCGAGGAGCCUUAUGAGAAACUGAAGGAACUUACGAGAGGAAGAGCAGUUACGAAAGAGAGCAUUACAGAAUUCAUUAACGGGUUAGAAAUACCGGUUGAAGCAAAGACAGAGCUCCUGAAGUUGACCCCCCACAACUAUGUUGGAGUUGCAGCUCAAUUGGUGGAGGAAGCAUGUAUUAGGGCCAAUGUUUAAAGGUUAGAAGAGGUAACUAUAACUACAUCUGGGAUGGUUUCAUUACCAAAUUUCCUUCCCUUGUAGGCCUAAGUUUCAAUAAAAUUUUGGUCACAAUCUUAUUGCUGCAAAUGAGCUUCUUGUUAUGAACAAUUUUUGAGGCACUGCCUUUGUGAUUUUAGAUGUUUUUAAACAUCUCUUCACAUGCAUGAUAGAAAUCCAUCUCGUUUCC